AGUUAGGUUAAGCCUGCUGUCAUUAUGCUGUGAGUGCUUAAUGCUGCACUCUAUUGAGAACAGGUUUAAUGUCUGUGAAUGCCUUCUGCUGAGGUAGGCCAUCUCACUGGCCUCUCUUUGCGGGCCGCUCUCCUUUGUGUCACCCUACAAUGGCGGCAUGAGAGCGCAACUGUGGCCCAAUAUGCAUUGUUCAUCAACCAAUGGGAGCAACCCAAAGAGAAGACUGUAGCAGUUUGUGUAUGUAUAUGUAUGCAAGUGUGUUUGUGUGUACGUUUUUGUGAAUGUAAAAGGAGUGUUCACACGUUGUCUUUUUCUUCUAACUCUGGUUUCUACUCCCUGACCACAUGAAAGGUGCAUCAUUUAGCAGGGCAACCAAUUAGAGGUCAGCUGUUUGAAUUUAUGCCAAGAAUUUUUGACUUGUGAGACUUAAGUUGUGGUGGAAAAAGCCAAUAUUUUCAAUCCCUAAAAAACACUGUCCCAUUGAGACAAUAUGCCCUAUACGCCAUUUGGGUUUUUUUGUGACCGGUUAAUCCGUGAAAGAGAGAGAAGAGAUGGCGAAGGAUCCCUGAGCAAACCCGUUUGUUUCAGUGGCCAGGACUACAACACCCUCAAGCAGGAGUAUCUCCAGAAGAAGGCCCUUUUUGAGGAUGAAUCCUUCCCUGCCACUGUGGACUCCCUUGGCUUCAAAGAGCUGGGCCCUAAGUCCAACAAAGUCAAGAACAUUGUCUGGAAGCGUCCCAAGGAGAUAUGUGAUAACCCACAGUUCAUUGUCGGAGGUGCUAGCAGGACCGAUAUCUGCCAGGGAGACCUGGGAGACUGUUGGAUGCUUGCAGCCAUUGCAUCCUUGACUCUGAACGACAAGCUGUUACAUCGUAUUGUACCUCAGGAGCAGAGCUUCUCUGAAGACUAUGCUGGAAUUUUCCAUUUCCAGUUCUGGCAUUAUGGCGACUGGGUGGAUGUCGUUGUCGAUGACCGCAUUCCCACCUUCAAAAACCAGCUGGUGUUCACCAAAUCAGCAGAAAGAAAUGAAUUCUGGAGCGCUCUGCUGGAAAAAGCUUAUGCUAAGCUUCAUGGUUCCUAUGAGGCUCUUAAAGGUGGAAACACUGCUGAGGCGAUGGAGGACUUCACCGGUGGAGUGACUGAAUUCUAUGAGAUGACUGAGGCCCCGAAAGAGCUGUACAAGAUCAUGAAGAAAGCUGUGGAGAGAGGCUCCCUCAUGGGCUGCUCCAUUGAUUCCCUGGUUCCAGCUCGCUUUGAAACUCGUACUACAACAGGACUUGUGAAGGGUCAUGCCUACUCUGUUACUGCUGUAGAGGAGUGUAAACAGUCCCAGCAGAAGGAGUCUAAAGUUCGACUGGUGCGUCUGCGUAACCCUUGGGGUCAGGUAGAAUGGAAUGGACCUUGGAGUGAUAAUUCAAAAGAGUGGGAAACCCUCUCUAAAGGGGAAAAAGAGAAACUUCAGCAUCAGAACGCUGAAGAUGGAGAAUUCUGGAUGUCAUUUGAGGAUUUUAAGAAAAAUUACACCAAAAUUGAGAUAUGCAACCUGACCCCUGAUCCUCUGGAGGACGAUAAAUUACACAAAUGGACAGUUUCUGUCAAUGAGGGGUCCUGGGUAAGAGGAUGCUCUGCUGGAGGGUGCAGGAAUUAUCCAGACACAUUCUGGACAAAUCCACAAUACCGCCUGCGUCUCUUGGAGGAAGAUGAUGAAGCAGAGGAUGGUGAAGUGGCUUGCACUUUUGUUGUUGCCCUAAUGCAGAAAAACAGGCGUAGAGAACGCAAAUUGGGUGAAAAUCUCUUCACUAUUGGAUUUUCCAUCUAUGAGGUAUCCAACAGAAUGCAUGGAAACAAGCAGCACAUGCAGAAGGAGUUCUUCAUGUCUAGCACCUCUAAGGCUCGUUCCAGGGCCUACAUAAACCUGCGCGAGGUGACCCAGCGUUUCCGCCUGAGCCCUGGGGAGUAUGUCAUCGUUCCCUCCACCUACGAGCCCCACAAGGAAGGCGAGUUCAUCCUCCGCGUCUUCUCUGAAAAGAGAAAUACGUCUGAGGAGAUAGAGAACAGGAUUGAAGCUGAUCAUCCAGUGCCGGCUCCGGCUUCGACUGGGGAAGAGAGCGAGGAGGACCAGCAGUUCCUGUCUAUUUUCCAGCAGAUCGCGGGGGACCAGAUGGAGGUCUCAGCUAAUGAACUCAAAGAUGUCUUGAACAAGGUGUUGUCUAAAGACAAGGACAUACAGACUGAGGGCUUCAGUCGAGAGAGCUGUAGAAGCAUGAUUGCCCUCAUGGAUAUGGAUGGAAAAGGAAGAAUUAAUCUACAAGAGUUUAGACACUUGUGGAACAAAAUCAAACAGUGGCAGGGAAUCUUUAAGCGCUAUGACUUUGAUCACACUGGCACUAUCAGCAGCUACGAGAUGAGAAACACCAUCAAUGAUGCAGGCUUCCGUCUGAAUAACCAGCUCUAUGACAUCAUCACCAUGCGCUACGCCAACGAAAACAUGAACGUCGACUUUGACAGUUUCGUCAGCUGCCUUGUGCGACUGGAGGGCAUGUUCAGAGCAUUUCAGGCCUUUGAUCAAGGUGGAGAUGGCAACAUCAUACUUAAUGUACUGGAGUGGCUCCAGCUAACUAUGUAUGCAUAGACCAGCUACGGAUCCAGGUGAGCCCAGACUCAGCAAAGACCAGAACUACCAGCUCUUACCUCAACACUCAGCGUGCCAGACUACUGUUACCUCUUUCUCUGUACCUCAGCCCACACUGAACACCAGCUCUGGAAACUUCAUACAUCAUUACUCCUCCUCUUCAUUUCAGUUUUAUAUGGGGUGGCAAGAAGGGGGAAAUGAGUGUUAGUGUUACACAACAACAUCAAAUUUCUUUAGUUAGAUUGCAUAGGAAACAUUUUGGGGUUGUAGCAACUUUUGAGGUAUUUU